AUGGCUGUUCUGGUCUUAUCUAUCUUGGCAAUGGUUGUUACACUGACCUUAACUGUAACCAUGUUGUCUAAAAACGUCCCUUAUUCUAUGAAAGAUGUUUAUGAAACCAAAGGAGCAGGUAAAACUAAUAAUUACUAAUUGAACAUUUGAUAACUUGUCUCUUCUGAUACGAUGUUCUCGCUAAAACUGACUCGUAGUAGAACUAGACACCAGAAGGUGUAUACUGGGCUACCAUAAAACCUAGACUAGACAGAAAUUAUGUAUUGUAUGAAAACGAGAAGUUUACCACAACAGACAGCUGACAGCGUAAGAAAGGAAGAAGUAACCCUGCUAAACCCAUUCCCAUGCCGGACACCACCCCAACCCACGGGUCUCAUUAAACUGUUUGAACUGAAACGAUAAAUAAAUGAAAAUGAUAAUUGAUGGUCGAUACAAAGCAAGCUAGGUGGGUGUACCGUGUGGCACGAAAUUUUUGCGUUUGUUUAUUUUUGCGGAUUGGGCAUUUUUUCUGUUUCGCGGAAACUAAUUUUUGCGACUAGGUGUUAUGAAGCAAGAGUGUAACGUGAUUGUGAGAUGGAGUGAUUUUACUCCUUUAAACUUUGUUAUUAACAGUUUCCCUCGUCUGUCAGAUUUUACUGAUUGCGGGGUUAAACAUUCGAAGAAUUCAAUUAAAUUAACAACAUAACUGGGCGAAAGAUAACUUGCUGAUCGGAUUAAAAACCAAAGCUUAUAGAUUCAACAACAACAACAACACCAAAUGCUUUAUUUGCACGACCAUAAAGGAAUUACAGUAUUGCAAAAGCUAUUAGUCUAAAUUUAAGUACUAAUUAAUUAGUACGUGCAAAACAUUACAAAACGUUACAGUUCUCAUUCAUUCAUUCAUUCAUUCAUUCAUUCAUUGAUAUUAAUUUGGUUCUUAAUUUAAAGCAUUGCGAGAUAAAUGAAACUAAUUGACAGUUAAUUAAGUAAUCAGAAGAAUUCAUAAGAAGAGAUAUUAAAGUACCGUGUGAAAGUGAAGUCAGGUAUUUUAGUUUCUAGUUUGGAGAAGAAUAUGUCUCUGAUCUGAGAAUGAGCCUCAUAAUCUAGUAAGAAAUGAUUUUCAUCUUCAAUUUUGUUACUUGUACAAAAGGAACAUAUCCUUUCAUUACGAGGGAUUUUCUCGUAUCUACCUGUUUCAAUUCUAAGUUGAUGACUACUUAUUCUAAAUUUAACUAAUACUUUUCUCGAAGGGUUUUUUCUUGUUAAAACUAGGUACGGCGAGGGGCUAUAGUCGUCUUUGAUUGUGCAAUAAAAACUGAGUUUUUGUGAUUGUUGAAGGGUCUGAUUCCAGUAAGAGACGUAUUUAUUUUUCAUUAUGCCGAUAUACCUAUUAACUAUUGAGUCACUCAAUGAAUUACAGGAAAAGUCAUAGUUUAGAUCGUAGUAGUCAACCAUCUUCAUGAGAUUAGAGUAAAAGCUAGUUUUUCUGUUAAGAUGAAGGUCAAUUGAAAUUUGUACGGCCUGUUUCGCUAUAGAAUCUUCAUCUUUACCUAUCAAAUAGCCUAAGUAAUUUAGAAUUUUUUUAUUUAUAUCAAUGAUCAUGGGGAAUUUACCGAGUUCAGCUCUACAGGCAAUGUUGAAUGCCUUGUUAUGUACUUGUAAAUAACGUUUACAGAAUUGUAAAUGGGUCUUUUCAGUUGCAGAGCUGUCCCAGGAUUUAAAAUCUGAUUUAACAAAAGCACCCCAAACGUCACUGUUGUAGGUUAAAAUUGGUGAAAUCAUCGAGUCAAAAAUUUUACACGCAAGUGAGGGCUUAAGACCAUUCAAAUCCGUGUGCCGCCUUAAUAGGCUGAAGAGCGCGUGAAGAGCUUUUGGUCGGAGGUGUUCAAGCGAAAGUGUAAAAUUUCCGGAAGAUGUGAUGCGAGUUCUUAAGUAAGUAUAGUUUUGGACAACGUCGAUUACUUCAUGUUUACAUUUUCGUGUGCAUCGUUGAAAAAUCAUUAUUUUGGGUUUCUUAGGAUUUAUUCUAAGCAUCCAUGAGUUGCAAUAUGAAGAUAGUACGUUAAGGCAGUUUUGUAGUCCAAGUUUGGAUCGCGAUAAUAUUAGGGAACUUAAGGUAGAGACGUUAGGGACCUUAAGAUCCGAGGACGGCGACGGAAGAGAAAACGUCGUUGAAAAAGUGAAUUCGCGUUCUUUCAAUCUUCAUCGCGAUUACUCCAAGUCACUAACUUUGUCAAAUGUAGACGAACCCUCCUAAAGUUGAAUUCCCAAGAACUAUAUCCAAGUUCAGAGAGAGAGGGGAAAUUUCGUCGUCGCUUGUGUAUUUCCUCUGUACAUCGUGAAAUUAGGCAUUUUCACGUCGUAGUUGUGCAGUGACGGCAAAGAAAUGUACAAAAAAGCGUGAUGCACGUGCAAAAUUGUUGUUUUGGUUAUUAAACCUAUUGCUUUUAUGGCGUUCCCGUUGCCGUCGCCGUCGUCGGAUCUUAAGGUCCCUGUUUUCGGGGCGACGGCAACUUCAACCGGACGUGACAUCAUCAUUUGUUGGAUAUUGCGCAUGUUCGUGCUCACCACCUUGCCGUCGUGGUCCCGUCGGCGACGUGAAACUGGUCUGUUUGGCGUUGUGGCGAAAACGUGAGUAUUUAACUUUCAUUUCAAUCAGGUUUGUUGAGUUUAGCAACCAAAAUUUUACAGAUUAUCGUUCUUAAAUUGUCCUUGUUUUCUUUGAGGAACAUUUCAAGCUCGAUUUCCAAGCUCUGUUAUCUAAACUUGCAUCUUUGAAUGUUUCUAUGUUUUCAUGUCACAGGGUCAAGAUCCAUCCAACUUGGCAAACAGCCAUCCGUAAGUGAGCUUGACAUGGACAAAAUUUUCCCACGAGCCAAAUAAAAGUAUCCAGACAAAAAAUAUGAACUCCGAUAUUUUAAUUGUGUGUUUUUAGUUCGCUCUUUUCGUUAGAAUAUCGUAUAAAUGAAACGCAUUGAAAAUUAUAUAGAAUAGUACGUCAUGCCAUGUACUAACGUGGGAAUACUGAAAUAAAGUUGUUGCCGUUGUUGUUGUUGUUGCAUGCAAGUAUUUCCCGGGAAUUAUUUCAAUACCAAACUAAGAGUACGGUUCCUUGGUAGCAUUUUAAUGUUCCUGGAAUUUGCAAGGCUUCGGCAAGCCUGUGGAGAUCUUUUUUUUUUUCAACACGAAAUUCUGCCUUGCACUCAGCUGCAGCCCGCAUGUUUUUUAGCGCCAACGGAUCGUAACUGUCCCGAGGAAAAGCGGGAUUUUUGGACUCAUAAUUUUCCCCCAAAACGAGAAACUCUUCAUCCGAUACAUGUUGUCUGCAUAGCAAAUAUUUAUUCUCUUAAUCCUUUAUGUAAAGCCAUAUUUUCCUCGUUGGUAUUCUUCCAAUUAAAGGCGCCGUCCUUCUGAGUUCACUGCGAUCUUAAUGUUCGAUUUUUGACGGGAAGCGACGGCUGCCUUAGUUCCAGGCUUUCUCUGCCAGUCCGGUCGACGUCGCCCAGAAAACGUCUCCAUCUUAAGUUCCCUAUUAUCAAGUCAUCGGCGUAAAGGAGAGAGUUGAGUCUGGUGCCAUUUGGUAACACGAAAGGGUCUGACAAAACAUUGUCAAAUGAGAACGCUAGAUCGUUAAGGUAUAAGUUAAAGAGCAGAGGGCUUACAUGUAAAAUGCAGCCUUGCCGCACUCCUCUUGCGUAUUGAAAAGAUCGCGUUCUGUUAUUUCCAAUCCUGACAGAGCAGGUAGAAUUCGAACAUAGACUCUUAAUUAGACUAUAAAACUAUCCUUGGACAUUGAUUUUAGAUAACUUAUAGAGAAGCCCAUCAUGCCAAACCGAAUUUAAGUCUUUCCUAAAGUCAACAAAACACGCAUAUAUUUUCUCCUUGUGACAAUGGACAUAUUUGUCUCUUUAUAAUGUUUGAAGUGUGAGGACAUGAUCUGCUGUUCUAUUAUUUGCUAGAAAACCAAUUUGAGACUUGUGAAGUAUAUUAUUUAAGUCAACGUGCUUUAGAAGUCUCUGAUUGAGAAUAGAGCAAAAUAGUUUUCCAAUACAACUAGAAAUACAAAUGGCCGUUUUUAUGCUAGAGACGUUAAAGUUGUCUAGACGCAUUUAACGUCUGAGACGUUAAAGUCGUCUGUUAAGUGGGUCGUGCGGACGCACUUAACAGAAGACGUUAAAGUCGUCAGACGUUAAAGUCGUCUGCUUUAUUUACCGUUUUUAUACUAGACGUUAAAGUCGUCUUAGACGACUUUAACGUCUCUAGCAUAAAAACGGCCAAUUCCAUGGUAGUUUAAUGGAUCGCUUUUAGUACCACAUUUAAAAAUUGGUGUAAUGAGGCCAUCACACCACAUUUGGGGCAUAGUUCCUACCUCGAGGACCGUGUUAAAUAGUUUAGAUAAACAGGCAUUAAUUUUAAUUCGUUUAGGCUAGAUUUGAUCAUUUCGUUUUUGAUUUUGUCUGAAAGAGAAGAUAUGUUGUUUUUGAGUUUUCCAGCUGCAGUGCGAAUUUCACUUUCAGUGAUGAGGUAAUCCAAGCAGUGAGAUCGUGUUGUAAUAUCCUUUGCAUUCUGCAACUCAUCAAUAAUUGCCUCUUGCUGUUCAUUCGAGUGCAGAGAUUGAAAGUGGGACAUCCAUUUUUCUUUCAGAAAUUGGAGGGGUGUAGGUUUCCUUCAUAGUGUCGUCCAUUGACUUCAAACAGUUCCAAAAGCCCUUAUUGUUCGAAUUUUCGACCGUAUUUUCAAGUUCACAGAUCUUAUUGCUAUAGUAUUCUGUUUCAAAAGGUUUUUAUAUUGCUUUAAGACGUUGUGAUACUCUUCCCUGAGGGUACUGUUUAGAGGAUCUCUGUGUUUUUGAUCAGAAAGUUUCCGCAGUUCAUGUCUUUUAUAGCGGCAUUCUUUGUCGAACCAUUUUUUGUUCGAAGAUGUUUUGCAACGUCGCUUUUUUGCUGUUUUGAUUUUCAAACAGCGUUUGGCGGUUGAAAUAAUAAUAUUUUCCACUGCAUCAAAGUUCAUGUCAACAUUUCUCGUGAUUGUUGUAGUAUUCAUAAAAUCGAGGAUCAUUCUUUGGAUGUCUUCAGACUGUAAUGUAGCUCUAAACUUUUGUGACGAAUCGUUUUCCCAAAACAAAUGUUUUGGUAGAGGAGUCAAAGAAUCAUUUAUAAUUGCCUCGUUUGAUGAAUCAUUAUCUAAAUGACGGUUAACCUUAAGCAAUGUUAUUAUUGGACUAUGAUCUGAUAAACUGUUCGGCUCUUUCACUAUAAAAGAUAUAUUUCUUAGCAAAUCUUGCAUGGUCACAUAUGGCGUAAUCAAUGACACCGAAAGAAAGAAAGUCACGAUUUCGUGUAGUGUGUGAGCGAGCCAUUCAAGGUAUGUUUCUGCUUAAAACUGUGAUAUCGUGAAGAACGGCCGUACGGCAUUCAAGACACUAGGUCACAUUGGUUUUUGUUGCUGAGAAUUAAUUUUCAAAAAGUACCCAGUACCCAGUAUUGAUAAUAUUUUCGUUCUUGUUAAAUACGUGCAAUCAAGGUGUAAUAGAAAUACAGAUUUUCAAACAGUACUACGGUACUACAUUAUGUAAAACAAUUCAUUGUAUACCGUUUUGUUUCUGAAUUGAAGAGGCGAGUUGUAAUUGAACAGACACGAUUUCUUAGUCAGGGGCACCCAAUGGAUCUGUUCCUCAAAAUAUCUGUUCUUCAUGCAAAUUUUUGCUGGCUGGGAGAUGUGGAAGAAAUAAUAGUCCUUGAAAGGAAAGUGUUGCUGGGAAAAAGAUAAUUCAGGGUGUCAGAGGGGAUUUGAAGUCUAGAAUAGCUGCUACGGGUUACUUGUAUGGGUUGCCUACCACUCAAGAUCUGAAUUGUGCCCUAUGAAACUUCCCAGUAAGUCAGGUUGCAGGUUGUAAGGUUGCUCGCUGGGAACUCUUCCAUCAGUCUUGCUGGGAGUGAGGAACAGAUAAUUUUUUUCCAGCAAUCUCCCAAAAUGCUGAAAAUAGUCUCAGAAAACUUUAUUCACGCUUUGUUGUUGUUUUUAGGUCUUUUUCUCAAAAUUUCCCGUUGGGUGCCCCUGCUUAGUGCUGUAUUUUUGUGUAGUAAAUUUUAGUCAGAGUAUAUUUAAUACUCUGGAAUAAAUUUUUGCGGGAAAAAUGUUUUCGUUAAUUUUGUGGGGGGAAAUUAUUUUUGCGGAUGGCUGGAAAAAUUGCAAAAAUCGUAAAAAUUAGAACCCGCAAAAAUUUCGUGCCACACGGUAUCUCUAGUUUAUCUGAACUUUUUUGUUUUGUUAACAGCUUGUCUCUCUAUUUGAGGACAACGCAUCUCAAAUUUAAUCGCGUACAAUAUUUGAGCUGUAGUUAGGGCGGCGCACAGAGUUAAAUUGUCUAAACUUAACCAAACUGGUUCGACAUGGACAGAGUUUUUAAGCGAAGAAAACGUUUUUUUUUUUAGUUUGUUAUUAGUAGUAUUUUUAUACACUGUGAACCGACCGGAUAAAAAUGAACUCAUUCAGUUUUUUUGAACUAUCAUAGAAGGGACGUCUGUACACGGGCUAGCGUGUGCAUAAGAUAAAAGUGUUCAUUCCGGAGGUCAUAUAUGGGGCCAAGAAUGGGCUACUGAUGGCGCUUUUUAUCAUGGGGCGCACUCCACAUAAUGACCUGUAUGGGGAGGCUCCGCGUGAAAGGGGUACCUUUUUUAGGCUUCAGGUAUACAAAAUAGUAGAGAUUUCACUAGCUGAAGUAUAUGAAAAGGUAGGAAAAUGGGUCAAUUCGGUCAGUAAAGAGGCCCAAAAGGACUAGGCUCACGAUCACGCUGUUUAUCUUUCCUAGCAAGAAAACAUACUUUGCAUAGCAAGAUUUUAUAUCUUCUUUCACCUUUACUGUUGCCUCGGAAUCGUUUUAAACAUUUCCGGUCAAUUGAUUUGUUUUAUACAUAUUGAAAUGACAACAGCCUCUGUAACUUCCUUUGUGAUUUGAGCAUUUUUGUAAGUUAACUGCAGAUUUCGGGAAAACACAACCCGGGAUACUACAGCAUAGACAGGUGCCGUGACCCAACGAACGUUUUUCGCAAAAUUGAUUAUACAAUCGUAAACGCUAGCAAAGUGCUUUUACGUUAACCUAUGUUAAUAUUUAACUUUCCUGGGAAAAAAAUACCCGCUCUUCACUGCUAGCCAGCAAGACUUUCAGAAAAUAAAAAUCCCAGCCAGCAAUCAUGUUUGACGGUUUUUUUCCAGCCAGCACGGUUAAAAAAACAAAAAUUACGCAAUCCCAGCCAGAGUGAAACGGAAUUCGGUGUUUGCCAGCCAGCGGUAGCAGAAGCAAGUUAUGAGCCAGCCAGCAAAGUUUUAUUUAACACAUUGCCAAGAAAAACAUGUAAGUCAGUAGGCAAGAUCUGUUUUACGUCAAAUUUACAUAAUAUAAAAGAAAAGCGUAUUUAACCUGUUUCACCCUUUUAUCUAGUUGUCGGUUUUUUUUUUUUUUGAGAUACAGGGAAAAGAUCAGUGUAUUGCUUAAUAUAUAUUAUUCCCUAUCCCUAAGUAUUACAUAACAAUAACAUAACUAAAGACAUUUAGCGGUACUUACAGUUUUAAAAUUUGGACUUGAGGAGUAGUCUUGAGUUUUUGCCAGGUAAACGAUAAAAAGGAAGAUCCCGAAAUUUGUCCAUAACACAAUAUAUAACACGUAAAAAAGUGAUCACCGCAAAGCCUUAAGACCAAUGCAUAUUUUCCAACCAUUAUUGACUGAGGCGAAACAAAGUUUAAAAAUAAACAGCGUAACAAGUAAGCUCGAAAUCUACGUGUGGUCUCCUCUGCAAAAUCACCCCAAAUUCAGUGUAGACACAUGCUUAUCGCCAGCGUUGUAUGCCGUGCUACUGUUACUCCGCAAAAAUUUUACACCAGAAAUGAUAGAAAGUUUCCAGUAAAGAGGCUUUCCGUCGGAAACUUCUAACCGCUACGGCUGAAAACCACGAACCCACAAAGUAAGGUAACGUUUGCGGUCUUUAACUCGAGUUUCAACGUGGUGGGGGGAAUGGUUUCCUCUUUCGUAACUUACGUAAACGCCUGAUGAUGAUGAUGAUGAUGAUACCUUUAUUAAAGUGUCAAAACUGUGAUAGCGGUGUAUAACCACUAAGUGGGGACACUAAAAUAAAUUUUUAAAAAAACAAAUCAAUUAAUAAAUUAAUUAAAAUUAAGAAAAACUGUGUACAGUAUAAGCACCUGAGAAAUUCGAGAGAACUAUAUACAAUAUGUACAAAUGUAUCCAUUAUCUUAUAAAAAAUAAGAAAUAAAAGAUUAAGAAGUGCAAAGAGAGCAGUUAGAGCAGUUAUUGUCAUCUAAUAGCGUGCUAAGAUCCACUUUUCUUAUGUUAUAUUUGAAGGAGGACAACAUGGAAGCUUUUUUCACGUUACUAGGAACAGAACUCCAUACCUUUGGGCCCAUAUACCUGAGCGAGUGCUUUCCAAAGGAGACUGUGCAUGUGUUGAAGUCACGAUUGCGCAGUUCAUACUUAAUUGCAGGCUGUUCAAAGAGAGUGCUAAUGUAUGUUGGGCACAUAUUUCCUGUAGUCGCCGGUUGUGUAGAGUAGAUAGCCCAGCCAUAGAUAGUAAUUGACCAUAGUACGAAUGUUUAUCACAAUUUAUAGCCCUAAGUGCUCUUUUCUGGAUCGCUCUAGCUAGUCGUCUAGAAUCACUAGCACGGCAAAAAUGCCAUAUAAGAUGACAGUAGGUUAAAUACGGGAGAACAGCUGCCUUAUAUAACUUUAACUUAAUUUGUGUGGGUAUAAGGUUCCUUAGCCUCAUGAGAACGCCUACCCGCUGGGCGCUCUUCUUAUAGAUACUACUUAUAUGUUCAUCAAAACGAAGAUUCUUAUCAAUACAGACACCUAAUAGCUUGAGACAUUCAGUGGAUCUGACUUUAUGAUUGUCAAUCAUAAUACUGUCCAUAGACUUCCUUCCGCAACCAAGUGCCAUUGUCUGGUACUUGUCCAAAUUUCCCUUUAGUAAAUUAGCUCUGUACCAUGAAGAUGCUGACUCAGCGCAAACAGCAAGAUCAUCAUGCACAUCAGAGAGGGUGCUGCGAACGACAUAAAACUGGUGGUCAUCUGCAUACAUAUUCAUGUUCGCAUCAACAGUAUAAGUCAAGUCGUUUUGGAAGAUGUCUAGAUGAGAGGUCCAAAUGCAGAACCCUGUGGGCAUCCCCUGGUCUCCCUCUGCCACUCGCUCACUACAGAUCCUAGCUUGACCCUGUUAUAACGGUCUGUGAAGUAGGAGCCCAUCAAUCGCAGACUUCUUUCCUCAACACCAUAAGCUUUAAGUUUUGCAAGUGUAAGUGGAUGGUAAAGUGAAUCGAAGGCUUUGCUCAUGUCCGUGGAGAGAACACCCACAACGUUAUGCUCAUCCAGAGCGAAUUUCCAAUUUUCAGACAAAGACAAGAGAGCUGUCUCACAGCUAUUGUUUUUCCUGUAAGCUGUUAGUUUGUUGCACAGUUUGUUAUUAAAACCAUAACUGAGUUGCUUGCUGAGUAAUUGUUCAAAGAGAUUGUUUACAGUAACUUGUACAGUUACUUAUGGGUCUGUAGUUUCCCUUUUCAUGGGGAUCUUCCUUCUUAAAAACGGGUGUCCAUUCACCCCUUUUCCAUCCCAAGGGCCACUCUCCGAGGGUUAUACAUGAAUUAAAUAGUGACGUCACUGGAUUUGUUAGCUCAGUAGCUCCAAGCUUGAGCGCCAUGGGAGGGAUGCCGUCCAUGUUUUCAAAUGUGCUAUGGCAACAGUUUACUUCUUUAAAAAGCCAGACUGAUAACGUGUUCUUGUAGUAACUUUCUCCGCACCAGUAAGAGCUUGUCAUCAUGAGUUAGAGUAUUUUUGCUAGUUAACUGGAUACUUCAGGUAUACACUACCCAGGAUACUACAGCGUUGAUUAGAGCAUUUUUGCGAGUUAACUGUAGAUUUUGCGUGACCCUGUCAAGAAUAUGAUAUCACCAGACAUCAUUGUAAUGUCCUGUUUUAGGGGCUCGGGAAGAUCUAUUUAGGACAUUCAACUCUUUUUCAAAUUCUAACCUCAGAUUUCAAUCAACAACGGCCCCACUAACAGAGGAGGGUCUCCCUUUUGUUCGUCAUAUCGUGUUUCUACUUUAGCAAAUCCAAAAAGUGUUACAUCUUCUACCAUAUUUUUUCUUGUAAACAGGAGCUAAUAUUUAAAAAUUCAAUUUUAAACUAAUCAACUAAUUUAGUCUCAUUUAUUAUUUGAUGAAGUGAAAAAACAGCUGACCGAGUUAAAACAAGAAAUAAGGGCUACGAAAGUAAAUGAAACUGGAGAACCCAGAGUAUUUGAUGAGGCGAUAAGACGGAUGACCGCGGAGUUAAAACAAGAAAUAAGGUCUACGAAAGUAAAUGAAACUGGAGAACACAGAGUGUUUGAUGAGAUGAUACAACGGAUGGCCGCGGAG